AAGGUUCAAUUGUCCACCAAGAGAAAAAAUAAAGGACAAACAUAAAGAACAUAAGUGACUUCUAACCUAAAAGUAACAUGAAAAUGAAAAACUCAUGUCCUAUAUUAGGCUAAAAAUAUCUUAACCAUACAUAAUGAAUCAACCUCAAAUAUAUUGUACUAGCCAUUAAAUUGAUUCUGGAAUAAUUUUCUUUCCAUUGAAGAAGAUCAGUCAAAAGAAAGCAAAAGGAAUAGCUUAGAGCAUAAAUAGUAAACUAAAGUGUUUGAUGUGACUUGAGAAUUUAAUCUUGCUUUGUUUUCACUUAUUCUAGAAUAUUAGUAUUUUAUAUAAAUCAACAGUGCUAAGCUCAAGUUUAUAUCACAUAGCAAUAUUGCAUUGUUGUGGAAUAGAAUUGCAUUGGUGAAAAAUGAAGAGUUGUGAAGAAUGGAAACCUUUUAUGAUAAUGAUAGCAAUUGAUGUUUCUUUUGCUAUUGUGAAUAUUCUUCUCAAGAAAGUCCUUGAAGAAGGAAUGAACCAUUUGGUUUUUAUCACGUAUCGUCUCUCGAUUGCUACCGUUUUUGUCGGCUCCAUCGGUUACUUUAAGGAAAGAAAUAGCAGACCGCGCCUCACAUUUCGAAUUUUAUGCUACCUCUUCUUCAGUGCCAUUGUUGGAGCAUCAGUCACACAAUUCUUCUUCCUCCUGGGAAUCCAAUAUACUUCCGCUACAUUUGCUUGUGCUUUUCUCAACAUGGUGCCGGUGGUCACAUUCCUAUUGGCAUUGCCAUUCGGAUUAGAGACUGUGAACAUCAAAUGCAACAGUGGAAGAGCCAAGAUUCUUGGCACAUUGGUGUGUAUAGUUGGAGCAUUGAUGUUGACACUUUUCAAAGGAAAGGGACUGUUUAACUUUUCGCACUCGCAGUCAUCGGUGAAGUUAGCAUCUACAAGAACACCAGAGAAAUGGACUAUUGGUGUCAUAGCUUUGAUUUUGGGAACACUCUUUUGGUCUUCUUGGUACAUUUUACAAUCUAAAAUAAGUAAAAGAUAUCCAUGCCAGUAUUCUAGCACCGCGAUCAUGAGCUUCUUCGGAGCCAUUCAAUCCGCUGUCAUUUGCUUGUUCAUUGAUCAUGACUUGUCUAUUUGGGCUCUCCGAGGAAAGAUACAAAUAAUCGCUAUUUUGUAUGCUGGAAUAAUUGGAUCGGGUUUGUGUUUUGUUGGCAUGUCAUGGUGUGUCAAGAAGAGAGGUCCGGUCUUUACGGCCGCAUUCAGUCCGUUUGUUCAGAUAAUGGCAGCCAUGAUUGAUAUUCCUGUCUUGCAUGAACAACUCUAUCUUGGAAGUAUGGUGGGAUCAAUCUUGGUGAUGAUUGGACUAUACAUUCUUCUAUGGGGUAAGAGCAAGGAAGCGCAGAAGCGGUUGAUUAAGCUAGCAGAAGAAGCUGAAAAGACCAAAGAACAAGAGCCACAACAACCUCAAAUACAACUCUUAACAGUGUCUUGUGACUCACGGUAGCCAUAACACUGACAUCAAGUAGCAUUAGUAUUAUUUGUUUAUGCUAAGGAGUUGCCAAACAACAUUAAUCUGGUGAAAAUCUUAAUUAAGGUUGUAUUAAUUAUAAUUACUUAAGGGAUGCACCAGAAAAAUGUGUAAAAUAACAUGUUAUGAUUUGAUCUACCUAGCUAAUUCUAUAAAAGAAGCUAGUAUACUUUUUUUG